GUGAACAUCGCAACGUCAGCUCAGUAGUUCAGAUUUAUUAGAGUAGUGUAUUAAGUCUAUUAAACAAAAAAUUUUAAAGUAAAACAAAAAUUUUAAUACACCAAAAAAAUUACACAAAAUAUUGUGCAGCGACCGCAGAGUCCAACCAAAACCCUCAGAGUCCAACAAAAUCUUCAAUUUGCUGCACAAAAUUCUCGAUUGUAUCUGGACAGUGAUUCCUACCCAAGUAUAGUGCCCUCCGAUUCACGAUGUCAAAGCGAAGGAUAGGGAGGCCGAGGGCCAAGUCUAUGAUUUUAUUGUCUGCGCCAGAGCCCGCGCCAGCUGAGGCCGCGCCAGCGGAGAAAGCGAGGCCCACCACGGUUAAGGAGUCGCCGCCGCCGAUAUUCAUCUUUGACGUUGUGGUGACCAAUCUGGCGGCGAAGGGCGUAGAAAUCGAUGAUCCCAAGCGGCUGGCCAUCGAUGUCAACUUCAAUCGCAUGCCCUUGACGCUCACCUCGAGCCGGAUCAAUGUCAACGAGUUCAAGCCGGGCAGCGGCCUGGAGUUCCAGACGUCGCCCAAAUCGCUGCGCACCACCCUCGAGGAAUGCGGCAUGACGUUCGUGGUGAAGUACAUGGAUCGCGCCGUGGGCAACGGCCAGAUAUCCUUUCCCGAAGCGGUCACGGAGCGCAUCGAAGCGGACAUGAGCGACAUCAUUCACGUGGACACGUGUGUGCUGGGCAAGGGCGGGGAGUCGGCUGGUCAGCUGGAGGUACUCUGCCGCCUGGUCAUCCGCUGCAACGAUCUGCCAAAGGGGGCCGAGAGCGAGUGCCAGCGCAACAUGGACAAGAGCAUCAAUCCGCAGGACAUAAUGUUCGUGAUGGGCGAGUCGCAGCACUGUCCCAGUCCCUGCGAUCCCUGCCUGGAUGCCUUGGACUCCGAGCCGGGGGACGAGCGACUGCGCCUGGAUCUGCAGCGAUAUCGCAGCCACACGGCCGGCGCCAUUGAUCCCAACAAAAUGAUGACGGACAGGCCAUCUGGUAUUCCCGCUUGCUGUGAACUGAAGAAAAUGGCCGUGGAGUAUGAGCAGCUGAUUGACUCCAUAACCCGAUCCACGGGCUGCGCGCCGCCUCCGAAGCCGCCGUGUCGGCACCCAGAGGAGUUCGAUAUGAGUCCCUGUCGCGACACCCACAUGCCCGUGGAUAUGCACAUGCUGGGUGAUGCCCCCCCAGCGCCCCAACUGCCCUGCUUCUCGUACCUGCCGACGCGUCAGGAGCAGCAGCCGGACUUUUGCGAUCGGAAUCGCAUACCCAUGCCCAUAGCAGACUGCGACGGCAAGCGGCCGGAGAUCAAGCCCAUCCGCUUCUGUCCCGUGUGCCUGACCAACAUGUCCUGGAUGCCCAAGUUCGCGUCCUGCCCAAAGUGUGGCAUCAAGCCGAUGCCGGUGGUGGAGGAGCGGCACAAGGAGAAGAAGCUGACGGCCGAUCAGAUUCUGCUCGAAUUCCUGGGCAAACCGCCGGCCAACAUCGAUGAUUACUGCGUGGAUCCGUGCGACAAGGCGGCCAAGGACAAGGAUGCUGGUGGCACCGACGAGUGUCCGCCCUGCCGCUGCACCUGCAAAUUCGGCAAGCUCUGCGCCCACUGCCGCAUCCGGAAACUGUGCGCAGACAUCUUCAAGACGGACCAGGUGCAGGCCAAGUGCCCCAAGGUGGAGCCGCAGCCGACCGAAGACUUUUGCGUGGUGAACAAGUCCAGCAGCGAGGACUGUCGGCCCUAUCUUGCCAAGGUAUUCUCCGAGCUGCGCGACCUCUACGACAUCAAGGACACUAAAAAGUUGUCCGACUUCGACGAGAACUGUGAGCUGAAGAAGACCAAGGAGGAGGAGGAGCCGCACAAGACGUCGCGCAAGGACGUUCGCAAGAACAUCAGCAAGGAUAACCUCAAGAAGAUGACCACGCGAAAGCCUCUGUACAUCCCAGGCGAUGGCAAGCGCCCCACCAACACCCGCACCGUGACCGGCCGCCACAAGCACUGCGUGCGCCAGCCGGGCGGCGUGUCCAGGGACCACGGCUGGGCGUGGAGCAGCAGCUACGAGGCACGCAAGAUGGGCUGGCGACCCGGCGCCAUACGGCGGCCCAUCAAGAAGCUGAUGAAGUUCUUUCUGGUGGACUCUACCCGUGAGUCGGCCUUCAAGAAGUGCAAGGCCGCGGAGGCCGAGGCACUGGCCAAGGAGCUGCAGCAGCCGGUGCUCAAUGUGUGCAAGAAGAACGGCGAGAUCUUCAUCACCCUGCGGCCGUUGAGCACGCUCGGGAUGCGACAGAAGCCCAUCACCUUCCGGGUGGUGAAGAGUGAGCUGGCCGUGGCGCUGCGCCACAUCAAGCGGAUACUCAAGGACAAGGGCUUCAGAAAGUGCACCUGCCGCCAGACGCUGAUGAUGUGCACCUGCCGCAACACCAUGGAGAAGCAGCAGCUCUUCCGCGCCCUGAACAAGGAGUGCCAGCGCCACUGCAUAGCGCCCUGCGCCGACCAGCUCAUCCUCACCGACACCAGCGAGAGCGACAUGGAGUUCGACUUCGAUGUGACGCCCCCCGCGGGCACCGAGCAGCCGUACAGGCGACCCAAGGCGCGCACCGGAAACCGAGGCACCCAGACCAGCAAAAAGGACAAGCUACCGCCGCCGCCCAAGUAUCCCGCGAAGCAGAAUCCCUACUGGCGAGCGUACAACUGUGCCGCGGGCGAUCGCUAUGUGGCCACGGCCUUUGGGUCGCCCGGCGAGGAUGUCUUCGAGGAUGGUCUCUUUGGCUGGGGUGGCGGUGGACCGCACGGCCCGUCCGCCGAGCCUGGCGGCAAGCCGAAGGCGCCUGGCAUCUGGGGCUCUCCUCAGGGUGGCCCGAUGCCGGCGGGACCAGGAGGAGCCAGUCGAGGCGGCCGAGGCAAUGCCUCUGGGGGUGGAGGAGGCGGAGGAGGAGCAGGCGGUGGUGGCGGUGGCGGCACAACCGGAUGGAAAGGAUUCCCCAAGGGUGUGGCUGCCAAAGUGGCCGCAGCUGCUGCUGGGGGAGGUCUGAAGGGAACACUGGCAUCAGUUGGUCGUGGAGGCGGAGCAGGGGGAGCAGGCGGAGGAGGCGGAGGAGGCACCAGUGGACCCAUUCCGGUGCGAAUGCCUCAGCGCUAUAUGAAGGCCCAGGAGCAAGCGGCCAAUGCCGAAAAGGAGGCCAAGCAGAAGGAAGUCGAUCAGAAGAAGAAGGGCAUCGACAUGAUGAAGUACCUGCAAAAGUCUGGAGCUCUCACCAAGCCGUGGAACCCAGCCGACGGCAAGGGUCCGAAGGGCAAGCAGACCGGCCCUGUUAUCGGACCCGAUGGCCUAACCGACGCACAGCGCAAGCGACGCGCUCUGCUCGAGAUGCCCGUGCCCCCGCUGGAUUCGAUAACACGCCGGGGCAAGCCCUUCGAUCCCUGUGCCGCCUACUGUGGCUACUACUGCUAAGCGCGCGUGUGUCUUCUCCACUUCUCCAUCCCACCCGACACAUCCGACACAACGAUUUUCAAGCAUUUCCAUUUGGUGUGAAAUUUUAUUUGACACUUUUCCCCGCCUUCAUGAAAAAUUCAGCAAGUGUGUUGGCGUUUUGUUGUCGCUUUGCCUCGAAGCUGAUCAACCAGCGACGAUUCGCUUUCAAUUGACAUCACGUCUUCGCCAAGAACAUGUACAGGGGGGGAAGGGGGGCCAAGCAUCCACCUCACUAAUGCUGCGAAAAUCCAAUGGCAUUAACAAAUGUUAUGUUAUGUAGAAGAUUGUAUAAAGCUUGUGCAUUAUGCAUGAAAUAUGGCAA